AAUUUAAAUUUGGAGUCUGGAGAUUUGCCAUUUCAAUUUGCAUGCCCGGGCAAAUACUAGAAAAGAGAAAGAAAAAUUAAAUAGAGUGCUUCAUCUGAAGCUAGUAGCCAUGACGUCCUCCGCGAACCGCCUUAUCUACCCCGCCACUCUCGCCGCUCUCUCACCUUCCCCUCCGAAACCCCAAAUUUCAAAUCAAAACCUAACACUCCUUCAUCAACAGAAAAACAAGCGGCUCCAGAUUCGUUCCGAUCUCUCUCGCAGAGACGUCACUUCUUUGCUCUCACUACUCAGUCUCGUCCCUUCCAUUUCGCAACCUGCUCCUGCGACCGCCUUCUCCAUCGGCAUUUCAGGACCGAAGGACUGGCUUAAGGCGCAGAAGAGGAAGGCCUCGAGAUUUCUCUUGGCCCCAAUUGAUGCCUCCCGAGAGAGCCUUCGUUCUGCCUAUGUCUUACUCACGACUAGUGAUUACAAAUAUAACGAUAAGGACUUGGAGGGGGUUCAGAGGAUCCUGAGAUCCGCUUCCAGGGAUUGCGUUCUGCAAGAGAGGAAUUCAUUUGUUGAGUUUCAGGCUAAUACAGGAGUCGAGGUUUGUACUUUCCAAUUGAUUGUUAAUAAUGCAUCUUCGUUGCUUGAUGAGAGGGAUCCUGUAAGGUUGGAAGCUGAAGACAUGCUAAAUGAUCUCAUCAGUGCCUUCACAAAUUUAAAUGGUCUGGCAAGCAAAAGCGAUAUUCAACUUGCUUCCAGUAGACUCAUGGUAGCAGAUGCACUCAAGGAUACUAUAUCUGUGCUUAACAAAUUUGAGCAGGGUGUUAUGGCCUGUCUGGAAGCUUGAUUGUUCUGGUUCCUUCAGCAAAUGUAUAUGCUGGUAUAUCUUGUGCUUGAAGAUUCUGCAGUCCUUUCGAGUUGGAAAUUGGAAACAGUGGAAGUAUGUAUUUUAGCUUUAAACUGUUCUAUUACUUGUAAGUUGUAUCUGCCUAGAUAUUUCUUUACAUCUUUUCUCGUCUCCCUUUGGUUCUUUGUUUGCUAUCUGUUCCUUGAUAGAGAAUCUUGCCUGUGGAGCUGUCCUAUGGUGUAUUGCUAUGGCUCGAAGAGGUUCAAUUUGGGUUAUUAUCAGAUACAUAUGCUUCAUUAGCGUGUUCA